UUGCUGCGGUGAUGAAGUCCUCGGUGACCAGCGCAGCGUAGUCAGCUCUACGAGACACUACAGCACACAGCUUUUAAUACCCGCUGUGUUUUCACUCUGCUGACUUACCCGGACAACUAACUAGACAUUUUCCCCUCAGUUUCAGUCUCAUUUCCCCCCGUAAAAACAGGCCAGGCUAGACCUGUCGCGCAGUAUCCCCAUCACCACCUUUCGUGGAUUUUUUCUUCUUCUUCUCCCCAGCACCCAAAUAGUCUGGUGCAUGGAGGGGAGAAAGGGGGCAAAACAAAAAUACACUCUGACGGAUUGUUAGCCGAACAUGACGAGAAGAUGUGGAGGAAGGUAUGAACUGGCUGAUAAUGAGGAUUAUCUGUGUAACUAACAGACAUGCAGUGAGGUGCCCUGGUUGCGGAUUCAGCCUUCUCCAGUCAUCGAGGUGAGGCGGAGAUUUUGGGAGAAGUCGUGUGGAGCACAAAGAGCUGAUUUUAAAGCCGAUGAUACAACAAGUUUGAACUAUGUGCUGACAGAGGACUGGAGGUGGGAGAGGAGUUGCAGCAUUGUGGUUGGUUUCUGGCUGUUUUCUGUGUAGACUUUCACCACAACACAAAGUUAGACAAUCCGGUAGAAGUUCCCAGUCUGUACCUUCAGUACUAACACUUGUUAUUGAAUGUGCUGUGUCUGGCCAGCGCCUUCUAUUCACAAUUGACUGCUUGUGCUUUUAUUUUUAUUAGAUAACCGCACUUAGCCUAAGUGUAUAUUUCCACUACAACGUUUUGACCACAGAGUGAGGCUCUCUGUACUGAAGUCCACUUUAAAUGCGGACUGGUUUGCGGUCAGUGAGUGCACAGCCGAGCCGCCGGUGCCACUUGAUUUUUAAUUCAAGGCAAGACAGAAGUCGGUUCAUUUUUUACCAUUUUCUGACAACAUUAUGGAGCUGACAUACAGGAGCGUUGUCCUGCUGGGGUGCAUCUUCCUGGAUUGGGCUCUCCUGGCUUCUGCAGAGGAAGAGGUGCUGAUGAACACUAAGACAGAGACUUCUGAUCUCAAAUGGACCAUCUUCUCGCGUGCCAAACCCGAGUGGGAGGAAGUAAGUGGUCUGGAUGAGGAGAACAAUAGCGUGAGGACCUAUCAGAUCUGCCAGACUGAUAGCUCAUCCAGCCACUGGCUGCGCAGUGGCUUCAUCCAGCGAGGAGGCGCGUCUCAGGUCUACGUGGAGCUUCGUUUCACCAUGAUGGAGUGUUCUUCCAGGAGCACCCACCACCGCAGCUGCAAGGAGACCUUCAACCUCUACUACUACCAGGCAGACUCCAACGAGGCCACGGCCACUUACCCACCAUGGAUGGAAAAUCCUUACACGAAGGUGGACACAGUGGCUGCAGACUUUCUACUGAGGAAGGGUGGGGAGCGGAAAUUUAAUGUGAAGACCUUAAGGCUCGGCCCUCUAUCUAAGAGAGGCCUCUACUUGGCUUUUCAUGCUCAGGGUGCUUGCAUGGCCCUGCUGUCCGUCAGGGUUUUCUUCAAGAAGUGUCCUCCCCUGGUCAGUGCUCUUUCCUCUUUCCCUGAGACUGUCCCCCGCACUCUUGUGCAAGAGGCGCAGGGUGUGUGUGUGGAGCAUGCCUCUCAGCAAGGGGCCCGAUCUCGGCCGCCUAAGCUCUUCUGCGGGGAAGAUGGCCAGUGGGUGGGCCAGCCGACAACCACCUGCGCCUGUCUACCGGGAUUUGAACCUGCUGACGGACACAUGCGAUGCACAGCCUGUCAAGAGGGCCAGUUCAAGUCGGGCACAGAGGGACAGUGCAAAGGCUGUCCAGAGUUCAGCCACGCCACCAUCCGCGGGAAAUCUGUGUGCACAUGUCGCUCCGGAUACCUGCGUGGAGAAUCUGACCCUCCCGACACCGCAUGCACUAGACCUCCUUCGGCCCCGCGCAGCAUUGUCACCCAGAUCAACGACACCACGCUCAGUCUAGAGUGGAACGAGCCGCUGGACAACGGCGGCAGACAGGACCUGAGCUACACUGUCAGGUGCUUCGUGUGCAGGUCACCCAAGGGGCCAUGCCUGUCCUGCGAAGACAGCGUCAGCUACCGGCCCAAAAAGGAGGGCCUGGAUGGUCGCAGGGUGGAGGUGUGGGGCCUGCUGCCUCACACCACGUACACCUUCACCAUCCAGUCAAUCAACGGGGUGUCUCAGCUCAGCGGCAAGGACCCUGCCAGCGAAAGUGUCAACAUCACCACAAGCCAUGACGUGCCGUCGCUGGUGUCUGUGAUUCGGAAGAGGGACUCCACAGAGAGCAGCCUGACUCUUCAUUGGUCAGUCCCUGCCCAGCCACACUACACCAUCCUGCAGUAUCAGCUACGCUACUGUGAGAAGGAGCGGCGUAGCGAGGAUCAGUGCCACUACGCAGAGAGUAACAUAAACCAGGCUGUGCUGACGGACCUCCGCAGGGCCACUCAAUAUGAAGUGCAGGUCCGGGCGCGCACCAUGGCCGGUUAUGGCAGCUUCAGUCCUGCAGCCGUCUUCCGCACCCUGCCUGAUGGACUUGACUCUUCCUCCCAGUUCUUGGUACCCGGCAUCCUUAUCGCUGUCGGGAUGUUGCUGCUUGUCACUUUCGUCUUUGUGGCCGCCUACUGCAUACGCAGCAGACACAGCCGAAUAAAGGAUCCAGAGCUGAGUGACAAAAACAGCCAGUACCUCGUUGGCCAAGGGGUCAAGGUUUAUAUCGACCCUUUCACCUACGAGGACCCCAAUGAGGCGGUGCGAGAAUUUGCCAAGGAAAUCGAUGUUUCCUUUGUCAAGAUUGAGGAGGUUAUCGGUGCCGGAGAGUUCGGGGAAGUGUGUCGAGGUCGGCUGAGGAUCCCGGGGAAAAAAGAAAACUAUGUAGCGAUAAAGACGUUAAAGGGAGGCUACACCGACAAGCAAAGGCGAGACUUCCUAUCUGAGGCGUCCAUCAUGGGCCAGUUCCAGCACCCCAACAUCAUCCACCUGGAGGGAAUCAUCACAGCCAGCUGUCCGGUCAUGAUACUCACAGAGUUUAUGGAGAACGGAGCUUUGGACUCUUUUCUACGGCUGAACGACAGCCAGUUCACUCCCAUCCAGCUGGUGGGAAUGCUUCGCGGCAUCGCCUCGGGCAUGAAGUACCUGGCAGAGAUGAGCUACGUCCACCGAGACCUGGCGGCCCGCAACAUCCUGAUCAACAGCAACCUGGUGUGCAAAGUGUCCGACUUCGGCUUGUCACGCUUCCUGCAGGAGAACUCCUCUGAUCCGACCUACACCAGCUCUCUGGGAGGUAAGAUCCCAAUCCGCUGGACAGCACCGGAGGCAAUAGCCUUCAGAAAGUUCACCUCAGCCUCAGAUGUGUGGAGCUACGGCAUCGUCAUGUGGGAGGUCAUGUCUUUCGGAGAGAGACCGUAUUGGGACAUGAGCAACCAGGAUGUAAUCAAUGCCAUAGAGCAGGACUAUCGGCUGCCCCCGCCCCCUGACUGCCCCACCCACCUGCACCAGCUGAUGUUGGACUGCUGGCAGAAGGACCGUUCGGCGCGUCCUCGCUUCGCAGACCUCGUCAGCGCUCUGGACAAGCUGAUCCGCAACCCGGCGUCACUGAAAAUAGUGGCUCAAGAAGGAGCAGGGCCGUCCUACCCCCUGCUGGACCAGCGUGCACCUAUAUCCCUCUCGUCAUGCGCGUCAGUGGGGGAAUGGUUGAGGGCCAUCAAGAUGGAGCGCUACGAAGACAGCUUCCUGCAGGCCGGCUUCACCUCAGUGGAUCAGCUGGCCCAGAUUACCACACAGGACCUGCUGCACAUGGGAGUGACGUUGGCCGGGCAUCAGAGGAAAAUCCUCUCCAGCGUUCAGACGAUGACCUUUCGGAACAAGAGCACUACAACUGUGACCUUCUAGCUCACCUGCCUCCUAACCUGGACAUGAACACCAGCACACGGGUGCAGCCAUGUGCCGACAGCACGCUGGAUCCUCUUUUAACACGGACUCCCAAGAGAGAUUGACAAAAAAUCAUUAAUGAGAAACCAGAGAAUUAAAAAAAAAAAAAAAAAAAAAAUUGUGGUUAAAGAUGAGUUUCCCAUCAGCAUGAGAGAGUCAUCCAGUGACUGGUGAAUCCCUGUCUCCCACAGUGACCAGACGGUCAAGUUGACUGACUCUGCCUUCUUCUUACAGUUAGUGCUCAGUGUUUUUAUAUCUACAAGAGUUUAGGACCCAAUUAAUGUACUAAACCAAGAGGAGAGGCAGGUCAGUUUUGUAGUAUCAUGUCAUUAUGAAAACUGGCAGUUGGUUUGUUGUCCUAAAAAAAAAAAAUCACUUUCACCUUUUCAACAAACGACAAAAACAAACGCCAGUCCAAGGAUUUAAUAUUGUGGUGUAAUUAUGAAUGAGAGCUGCUUUCGCCCUGGGUGUCUUGCUUUAAUCCAUCUGGAUUACAUCCCUGCAUAGACACCUUUCACACCAAGACUGAAGAUUUGAACUGUGUUGGAUUUUUUAAUUUUUUUUUUUUUUUUUUUUUUAAAUUUGAUUUCAACAUUACCUCCUCUUUACUCAGGUGUGAUGUGUAAUGCAGACUUUAGAGACUCUUCCUAAUCGGAUUCUUUCAUCUUCCUCGGUCUGCCUCUCCCCCCCCUCACCAGUGCGGCAACGUGCGAGGACAAAGCUCGACACAGAGACAUAUCAGCACUUUUGUCGUUUCAGAGUGAAUUGUAAUCUUCAGUGACUCCAUGUGUUUGGAGUGUCACUUGGUUAUUUCUACUGCCCGUGCUUCUGCUGGCAGCUCUGUUUUAUUAUACUCAGACUGAACAAGGACCAAGUGGACUCAGAGACCAGAGAACACUGUAGAAUUGGUUUUCUUUGUAGAAAUUUACCAAGGAAGCUAUCUGGCCUAAAACUUGUUUUUGCUGAUGUAACUGAUAAAUUUUUCAUUCUCUUAUUCUGUACUUAUUCAUCAUCUUCCAGUGCCAUUCAGUCGUCUUUGUGGACUUAAAUGCCAAUUUUAUAAAGGAGAAAUCUCUUGA